UGGGUUGGUUUGCGUACGGUCGCGGACUUGCGUCGCGCGCUGGGUGUUGGCGCCCCCCGCCACACGGACAGCCUGUACCGGGAUGUGGAGCGGGCGCCGCGGCGGUUCAACCCGCUCAAGGUGCCCAAGGCGCUGCAGGCGGCACUGCCCUUCAAGAGCAAGCCCAAGCUGGAGCCCAAGGGGAAGCGGAAGACGCUGGAGCAGAAGCGCGCGGUGGUGAUGGAGAAGGACGAGAAGAAGGCCGCCACGCUGCUGCAGCAGCUCAACGCCAUCCGCAACGAGAAGGCGCGCAAGCGGCGGGAGCAGAGCAGCCGGCGCCGGGAGCAGUACACCAAGAAGCAGGCGGCGCAGGAGGAGUGGCGCGCAAAGUUCAACAAGGAGGAGCGCAAGAAGCGGUACCGCGAGGAGGGCAAGGCGGAGAAGCGCAAGGAGCUGGGGCCGCGGGGCAAGGCAGCCAAGGGGGCGAA